AUGGAGUUCGCCGCGGAAGAGCGGCUGGGCGGCGGUGACGAAGAAGAUGGUGAUGAUGCUCGUGGGGCCACCGCCCGCGCUUCCGCGGACGUUGCUGCGGAUUCCGUGGGGGAGCCAGCGCGCGUGCAGGAGCUGAGCGCAGGCGUGUAUGAUGAUGAGGAGGAGGAGACACGCAGUGCCGCGAGGAACGUGGAGCUGAAGCUCGCGUUUGUGCGUGACGCAGCCUUGGCGGGUGCAACCACCGCAGUGGAGCAUAAUGACGAGGUGCAGUCACCGCCGCAGGCGGCAGCCGCAUCGCUGGCGCAUGGUCCCCCGCCUCUGCUCACGGCGCCUCAGUGUGUGGCCACGGAUGAUAUUUUGCGUAGACACGGGAAGCAUGUUUUUGUUCUCACAAGCGCCGGCAAGCCUGUCUUUACACGCCAUGGUGAUGAGAGGGACUUCAGUGAAGUGUUUGGUGUUUUUCAAGUCCUUAUGGCCAUGGCUGCAGAGAGACGCGGUGGUGCUGCCGCCGCUGCUGCAGAGCUGCGGCAGCGGCAUCAUGAAAGUCUUCAUCGCAUCACGGCGGGGGAUCUGUGCCUGUACUUUCACGCGGCAGAGGAUCUUUUUUACGUCCUCGCGACCCGCACCGGUGAGUCCAUGCGGAGCUGCAUGCGUCAGCUGCGGCAGAUGCACCUGCAGCUGCUUAGUCUUGUGCCCAAUGUGGGCAGUAUUCUUUCUCGCUGCCCCUCCUACGACCUUCGGCGCCUUCUCUCCUCCACCGACGCCGAGGUGCUGCGGCAACUUAUUAGGCGCAAUAGCCGCGAGGAGUGCUACUUGUUUCGCUGCCUCGCCGCGGCGCCGCUGUCGGUGAAGCGGCGGCGGUCGCUGGAGUCCCUCCUCGCACAGCACCACGGCACCGCCUUCCCAACUCCCCAUUCCGCUGACAGCAGCGGCAAUAACCCCGCUGCAAGUGUGGGUCCCGGCGCAGCGGCAAGAGAUCAUCUUUACAGUUUUUUGUUCUUCCGCGGACGCGUGGUGUGUGCGGUGGGGCCAGCGGACUCGGACGCGCCGCUCCACGUUGACGAUGCGCUUCUCCUACUGAACUUUACGCGGUGCCUUGCCAAUUCACAGGCGGGGGAGAUCUGGGCGCCGCUGUGUUUGCCCCUGUACAACAGCACCGGGUAUCUGUGGUGCUACUGCGCCAACGUGAGCGUCAUGGCACGGGAGUCUCGACGGGGCCGUGUCGAGGCAACUUCCUUCGAUGCUGCGGAGCCCUUGCCGCGCGAGCAGCAGCAGCAGCAGCAGCAACCACAAACGUCACAGCGACUCACUGGUGAGCCCCACGGGGGCGACAGGGCGCGCGAUGCGGCGGCUGCAGAGAGUGGCGCCAAGGGUAAUAUUGCCGCGUUGGACGCCCAUGUCGAUGAAACACCGGCGAGGUUCACAAAGUCCGAGGGGAUUUUGUUGGUGCACAUUGCCGCCAGUCAAGAGUCUUUUCUGGCUCUUGCGGAGCAGAGCUAUCAAGUAGCGCGCCAGUUGAUGCCAGAAAUCGCCUCGUUGGAGGAGGAGCUUUCUAGACUUGAGUGCCUUCCGCUGUCGCUUGUCGUGUCGGCGGAGAGAGUAAAAGAGCAAGAGCGACAGCAGUUGCUGCUGAGCGGCGACACGACGCCGCCCUUGCUGACCUCCUCCGUCUCUGCGAAUAUUUCCAGGAACACCUUACCUUCCGUGUGGAUGCAUCCAGAUGGGCUUCAGUGGUUCGCUGCGGUGUUAAAAGGCAACUCCCACAAAGGCGGGACCGCCACGCUUCUCUACAGUGAGCCGUCAGUGGCGAUGCAAUUUAGCCCACGCGAACGAAAACGACUGCUGCGGAUUGUGGUGGAGCAGCGGGAUAGACUUGCGCAGUGCUCGCGCUCUUCUGAACCGCUCCUGCUGGUUCGCAUGGAAGAUGUGAAUCUUCUUGUCAUGCGAACAACCACCGCCCUGGUCGCGUCGCUCAUGGAGCAGUUCUGCACAACACGGACAGGCAAUCCCUUCUCACCCUCGGCAGUGACUGGUAGUGGUGGUGAGGAGGUUGUGUCGGCACAAGAGGCCAUCUUUGCCGCGCGUCGUAUGAGAGAGCUGCUGCUUCUAUUUUCCCCAGAAGUGUCAAACCCGCAGAUGCUGCGGUGUGCGUUGCGUGUGCUUGUACGGUUGGUGGCUCGGGAGGGUGAGCUGUCGUUUCAGCAGGUACGCGGCAGACGGCGAUGA